GGGGCCCAGUAAUGCCUAGGUUGCAUUCCUCUCCUUAGGACCCCCACCCGGCUCGGACCCCCUUUCCCUGGCCGGGGCGCGCUGAAGGUUUGAGGCUGCGAACGCCGCAGGGGGAACCUAGUGUGGGCGGAACUCGAGUGCAGCGGCGGGAGGCUUCCGGGGGAGCCGCAAGGGCAACGGGUUGGCGGAGACAGAAAAGCGUCGGACGCCCGGCAGAUCAUGGACGCUUGACAACCUGCGGGCAGGCGCCGGGAGGCCAAGUCAGCGACCAAGAGGACAGAGAGGCGGCGAGGACAGAUCUCAAGGUCAGAGAAUGGCAGGUGAACAGAAACCUUCAAGUAACCUCCUGGAACAGUUUAUUUUACUAGCCAAAGGUACCAGUGGCUCAGCCCUCACUGCUCUCAUAAGUCAAGUUUUGGAGGCUCCUGGGGUAUAUGUCUUUGGAGAACUGCUGGAGCUGGCCAAUGUGCAGGAGCUUGCAGAAGGAACUAAUGCUGCUUAUUUGCAGUUGCUGAACCUGUUUGCCUAUGGAACAUACCCAGAUUACAUAGCGAACAAGGAGAGCCUGCCAGAACUGAGCACAGCUCAGCAGAACAAGCUGAAACACCUCACCAUCGUGAGCUUGGCGUCAAGGAUGAAGUGUAUUCCCUACUCCGUGCUGCUGAAGGACCUGGAGAUGCGGAAUCUCCGGGAACUGGAAGACCUUAUCAUCGAGGCUGUCUACACCGAUAUCAUUCAGGGCAAGCUGGACCAGCGAAACCAGCUGCUCGAAGUGGAUUUCUGCAUUGGCCGUGACAUCCGAAAGAAAGAUAUCAAUAAUAUUGUCAAGACCUUGCAUGAAUGGUGUGACGGCUGCGAAGCAGUCCUGCUGGGCAUCGAGCAGCAAGUUCUGAGAGCCAACCAGUACAAGGAGAACCACAGCCGGACUCAGCAGCAGGUAGAGGCAGAGGUUACCAACAUCAAGAAGACACUCAAAGCUACCGCGUCCUCCUCAGCUCAGGAGAUGGAGCAACAGUUGGCUGAACGAGAGUGUCCCCCUCACGCUGAGCAGAGGCAGCCCACUAAGAAGAUGUCCAAAGUGAAAGGUCUGGUCUCCAGCCGCCACUAGGGCUGGCUGGGGCAGCUGGCACUCACCAGGCCUGGGUCAGGUGGGGAGGGGACACCAAGGGCCUAUUUCCUCCCCUUUCUACCUUCCGUGAGUUCCAGACCUGCCCGUCCCCUCACCAGCGCCUCCCCUACAUUGGUACUGUUCCAGAAGAACCGUCAACUCCCUUCCCUCACCUACUCGCCCUUCCCCAGUUGCUCCCUUCAGACUCAGGGGCUCUUCGGAUGCCAUCCCAACAGGGCCAGACACUGCCCAGCUUCCCUCCAGGAGGUUCUUGUCUCUGUCUAAGGGCUUGUCUCCCUCCCACUUUUUCUUUUGCUUCAUGUCAUUUUGUCAGGCUGGUCAUAAGCUGGAAGCAGCUUUAACUGGCCCACAGGGAUGGCUGUGAAGGAGGCCCCUCUCUGAGUGAGGGGGGCUGUCCUUCUCCAGCCCCAUGUACCACAGUACCCACAAUGGUGCAGGCGCCCUUUAGCCAGGUAUCAAAAUGCUUUGUUUUCCUUCUCCUGCCUUAUCCCCUGUUGGCAGCUCUGAUCAGGCCAUGGAGGGAUGUGAUGCUGGGCUAUGUUUACUAAACCUGCGGGUUUUCAGCCUCUUAAGCCCAGCUCCAGCCCCUCAUUAGUUGGGAACACUGGGCUGACUAACAUCUGGUAUCUGAGCAUCAGUGGAGGGGGCUAUGGGUCUGCUGGGUGGCGGAAGUUUCUUCUAGCUUGGUGUUCUCUGCUGGCCACACUUCCUGCUGCCUCUGACUACUCAGACUGGGUUUUGGUGUGAAGGCCCCAGUGGCCCACUGGGGCUGUCUGCCAACACUUGCUCUCCCAAGAUCUUUAAUUCCUCCUGGCUGCAUCCAUGGUGGGGAUGGUGGUGUCGAGGCCCGUCUGUCUGGUGAAGGAUCUGUUGCUGCUUCUGUUUCUUUCUUCCCACCCUCCCUGGCUGGUGACCCAGAGCCUUCUAAUGAUGGCAUUCUCCUGGCAAGAGAAAAGGACUUGACUAGCCUUUCUGAACUUGAACAGUUUCAGGUUAUAUUUUAAUUUUUUUUUUGUACAGGUUCUGAUUCUAAUACAUUUCAACAUGCUUUUUUUCCCCCUUGUGUCAAUAUUUGUUAUAGACUAAUCGCCGGGGAUUUUUCACCUGGUUGGAGGAUGGCGUGUGUGUCUGUGUGUGUGUGUGGUGGUGUUUUUUUGUUUGUUUUUUUUUAAAGAGGAGGUGGAGGUCCUGGACUGAUAUUAAGGGAAAAAAAAGCACAUUUUAGAACAAAAAAUAAAAGUAGAUUUAAUGUAUGUAACUGUGGAAUGUGGGGUCGCACAGCUGGUGGAUCUCGAGGGGCUGGAAUUUAGGGUGGUUCAGGGAAAAUGUGUUUCAGUGCCAUGGUUAAAAAAUGGAUUUCUCCUUUUCCCAAAAUGUCCGGCAGCUGCCUACCAUUGAUCGAAUGUUAAAAAAGUAUUCCUGUUUCCCUUUUAUGAUCCAUGUGCCCAUAUAACAUUAUGCCCAACUGGAGGGUUUAAUUCCCAAAGUAUGUUUCAUGAAACCAUUUGAUAGAUGCUCUGUGGGAAAGGGUUCUGUCGUUAAAUAAAUUUGGCACAUCCUGC